CAUACCGUAUUGUUAUUAGACCACGAAGGUGCCAACAAAUCAAAACUAACCAAGAAUGACUUAACAUUGGCUGACUUGGCCCAAAAUGUCAGUGAUACCCUCCAUGAACUUUCCUUGCAAACCAAGAAAAUCAUCUUGAUUGGCCAUUCCAUGAGUGGGAUGCUCGUUAAUUAUAUCAACAUCCAUAGUAAUUUACCAAUCUACAAGUCAGUACUUAUUGGACCAGUACACCCUACUCCAAAAUUAACCCAGAUCUUCCUUGAUAGAAUCACAUCCUUGAAGGAAUCACAAUCACUUAUUCCAUUCUCAAAUACUAUUCCGGAAGCAGCCACCGGUGACAAGUGCAGCGAUUUGAAGAAAGCAUUUAUUAGACAAUUGAUCCAAGGAAACACUGUUGAUGGCUACAUUGCCAACUGUCAUGCGAUCGCCAGUGGUGCCAGUUAUGACUUGGACUACUCUAAAGUCAAACUGCCUACUUUGGUCCUCUAUGGAACUCAAGACAACACUGCUCCAUAUACUGGCUGUGUUGAAGUCAUUGCCAAUGGUAUUCCUGACGUCAAGGCUGUCCCUCUUGAUGUGGGACACUGGUUGGUUAUCGAAGAUGACGAAAGCGUCUUGAAGGAAAUCGUAGAGUUUAUUUAG